GGCUGCAGGCAGACCUACUACACGACCAGCGAAUGCCCAUGGCUGUUCAGGUGGCAGGCCUCUGGCUGCCCUCUUCCACAGCCCACACUCACUUUCUUCAUUGCAGAAGCAAUCUAAAACCACCAUCUUCUACAGCUCUCUCUGCUACAGCUUCUCUCUCAUCCCCACCUCCCACUAUCCAGAUUGUUGGUGGUGGGAGAAGUCCCAGUUGGUACGAAAAUGGAAAUGGAAAUGGAAAUCUCGAUGGUUUCCAAGGAGAGGAUGAUGAUUGGUGUGAUUUGGAUACUGAACUUUAUCACUGGACCAAGCAACUGCGUCCUGUUCAGUGGUACCCUGGUCAUAUUGCUAAAACGGAAAAGGAACUCAAAAACCAACUCAAGUUGAUGGAUGUAGUGAUAGAGGUUCGAGAUGCAAGAAUUCCUAUGUCAACUAGUCAUCCACAGAUGGAUUUAUGGCUUGGUAAUAGGAAAAGAGUUUUGGUGUUGAAUAGAGAAGACAUGAUAUCCACGGCAGACCGGAAUGCUUGGGCCACUUAUUUUGCAAGGGAGGGAACGAAGGUUGUCUUUUCCAAUGGCAAACUUGGAAUGGGUGCCAUGAAGCUAGGCCGGUUAGCUAGAGCAUUAGCAGCAGAUGUGAAUGUCAAACGCAGAGCCAAAGGACUUCUCCCACGUGCGGUACGAGCUGGUAUAGUUGGAUAUCCAAAUGUUGGGAAAUCAUCUUUGAUUAACCGUUUGCUGAAGCGACGAAUGUGUGCAGCAGCUCCAAGACCUGGAGUUACAAGAGAAUUGAAGUGGGUUCAUUUUGGGAAAGAUCUUGAAUUGCUAGACUCUCCUGGUAUUCUCCCAAUGCGGAUUAGUGAUCAGACAGCAGCAAUAAAGCUUGCUAUUUGUGAUGACAUUGGAGAGAGAUCCUAUGGUGUUGCUGAUAUUGCUGCAGUUCUUGUCCAGAUGCUAAUGAGGCUUCCAUCAAUAGGUGUAAAGGCUCUUAACAGCCGCUACAAGAUGGAUGUGGAUGGUCACUGUGGUAAAACAUUUGUUCAGAAGCUUGCGGUUCACAUGUUUAAUGGGGAUAGUCAUCAAGCAGCAUUUCGAGUGUUGUCGGAUUUUCGGAAAGGGAAGUUUGGUUGGAUUGCACUGGAGAGGCCUCCCAGGUAGUACUAUUGGAACUUGGUGGUAGGCCAGGAGCAGUCAAGCUUUCUGUCAGCUUCUAUAAAUAUCAAAAGAAUUCCAAUUGCCGACUGAUACACAAAUUUAGAAUCUUCAUGGAGUAUCUAACUCUUGGCAAGAGAAGGUAUCAGUGUCCUGAAGGAAAUUAAUGAAUCUUCACUAUGGAGUAAUAAUGUUGAUUGUGGAGACAGAGGGCGUGAAAACUUUUAUAGCCAAAGCUGGGAGAGGAUCAUAUGGGCAAUGGUGGAUUUGCUUUAUUAAGGUGUAGCAUAUGUCUUUUUAACACUUGGAUUCACAGAAUAUCAAGUUUUUGUAAAUUAGAUCUCAACAAGAGUUCUCUAUGUGUAUAUCAACUCUGGUGUCUGUCCAAAGAGCCCUCACUUUGACGACGUUGACAUCCAUGUGUAUUUUCCUGGAAAAUAGUUCCAUACGUGCACUGAUUCCUGCGAAAAUCGAGUUUUUAAAAGUGAUAAUUUUGUCAAA